CGGUGGAGAAGAUGAUGAGCUCUGCAUUGUCGAAUCAAGCUGCGUUGGCAGCACGAUCAAGGACGAUGCCAUCGCCAUCAUCAUCGCAGGUUCUGGUGCUUCUCGCCGUCGCUGUCUCCCUCCUUUCCGGCUCCAGCUAUGUCGCUGCCGGCGGACACCCCGAUUACGCCGACGCGCUCGCGAAGGCGAUACUCUUCUUCCAGGGGCAGCGGUCCGGCCAGCUGCCGCCGGACCAGGCCGUCACGUGGCGCUCCAACUCCGGCCUCUCCGACGGCUCGGCCGCAAACGUCGAUCUCACCGGCGGCUACUACGACGGCGGCGACAACGCCAAGUUCGGCUUCCCGAUGGCCUUCACGACGACGAUGCUAUCGUGGAGCGUCCUGGAGCACGGCGGGAAGAUGAAGGCGGCGCGCGUAGUGCACGACGCGCGCGCCGCCGUGCGGUGGGGCGCGGACUACCUCCUCAAGGCGGCCACGCAGACGCCGGGCACGCUCUACGUCGGCGUGGGCGACCCGGACGCGGACCACCGGUGCUGGGAGCGGCCCGAGGACAUGGACACGCCGAGGACCGUGUACGCAGUGUCCGCGUCGGCGCCCGGGUCCGACGUCGCCGGCGAGACGGCGGCCGCGCUCGCCGCGGCCAGCUUGGUGUUCCGGGCCGCCGACCGGGCCUACUCCAGGAGGCUGCUCGCCGCGGCGCGGGCCGUGAUGGAGCUCGCCGUGCUGCACCAGGGAAAGUACAGCGACUUCGUCGGCGGCAACAUCGGCGCCUACUACCAGUCGUACUCCGGCUACAAGGACGAGCUCCUGUGGGGGUCGGCGUGGCUGCUCUGGGCGACCAAGAACUCCUCCUACCUCGGCUACCUCUACUCCUUGGGGGACAUCGACAGAAGCGUCGACAUGUUCAGCUGGGACAACAAGCUCGCCGGAGCUCGCGUGCUACUGUCACGGAGAGCUCUGGUGAACGGGGACAAGAGGCUGGAGCCGUUCAGGCAGCAGGCGGAGGACUUCUUCUGCCGGAUCCUGCGCGACUCCCCAUCCUCCACGACGCAGUACACGGCCGGCGGCCUGAUGCACAAGUCCGGGAACGCCAACCUGCAGUACGUGACCUCGGCGAGCUUCCUGCUGACCACCUACGCCAAGUACAUGGCCGUCACGAAGCACGCCUUCGCCUGCGGGAGCCUCUCCGUCACGGCCAGGUCGCUCAGGGCUCUCGCCAAGCAGCAGGUGGACUACAUCCUGGGUGCCAACGCCAAGGGCAUGUCGUACAUGGUGAACUUCGGCGCGCGGUGGCCGCAGAGGAUCCACCACCGGGCGUCGUCGCUGCCGCCGGUGGCCGCCCACCCGGCCCACAUCGGGUGCCAGGAGGGGUUCCAGAGCUACUUCUACGCCAGCGCCGCCAACCCGAACGUGCACACGGGCGCCGUCGUCGGCGGGCCCGACGAGCACGAGGAGUUCCCCGACGACCGCGCCGACUACGCGCGGUCCGAGCCGACGACGUACACCAACGCGCCCCUCGUCGGCUGCCUCGCCUACCUCGCCGGCACGUACAGGAGCUAGCGCGUAUCACUCUGACCACGAGUCCACGAUGAUGAUGACCGUUGAAUCAUGUAAUGGCGUAGAAAUGGGAACGAAGUACCGUGCACAACAAUUCUUUGUUGGGAUGAACUCGUGAACCCAUUAUAUUCUCUUACAAAGCUAAACCCUUCCCACUAAAUGACCAACUAAAUAUUAUAUCUCUU